GAAGUGAGAAAACAUAUACUUGUCUCGCUUCAACUUGUUGCACUAGUUCAGCGGUGCAGCGAAAACGAACAGACCUCUAUUGUGUAUGUUCCGAACUUAAGAUGGCGUUUAUUCAGAGUUGCGACUAGUUUAUUCAAAAGAUAAUGGUUUCUGACAUGUUUAUCGUGACAGGUUAUGCGUUGUCGGUCGUUUCUCCAUAUAUUGCGUUGGAUUUGACGUCAAAAUGUCGAAAAUGAAUUCAAAGGACAAAGAUAAUAAAACGUUUAAUGAUAAACUGAAACAAUUCUUUCGCAUAAAUAAAGGAAAUUACAAGAAUCGUGAAGACGUCACCUUGACUCACGAUAUCGAGAGAGAUAUCAGUCCUGAUAGUCCUGUAAAUCAUCGUAUGAAAGCGAUUAAAGAGCUUUGUGAUGCUGUUCUCAAUCAACAGUGGGAAGAUAGAGCAGCGGAACGUCUAUGGAAUUUGGUUCAAGAUUUAUUGGGAAAAGAUGUUCCACGCGAACAUAGGCAUCUGACGUUCCAUUUUUUAAGAUGCCUAGUGCAAGGACAAUAUUCGAAACUUUCGUCGUUGAUGCGUGUAAAAUUUUUCAUGGUGGUCAAAGAAUACGAUGUGCCAGAAGAUAUUGGUCCUAGGUUGGAAUUGUUACAAACAUUAACCGAGCAUGGUAAAGAUAUUUUACAUUUGGAGGAACGAAUGGGUCCUUUCCUUCUCGAAUGGAUGCCUACAGUGACAUCAGGUGAUGGAAAAAGAGGAGCCGAGUUCUUGUCACUCCUUGUAAAUGUAAUCAAAUUCAACUCAGCUUACAUCGACGAGGAUAUUGUGUCUGGUCUGGUUCAAUAUAUCUCUUAUUUGUGUUACUGUAGUAAUAGUACCGAGGUUGUUUCCGGAUGCUUGGCAGCUCUCGAUGCAAUUAUGUGUUACAGUAAUUUGCAACCUGACUCAUUGCAAACAUUCGUCAUAGCUUUAUGUAGAAGUGUAAAUGUCGAGACUUAUUGCCAAACAAGUUGGAAGAUAAUGCGAAAUUUAUUAGGAACGCAUAUGGGUCAUUGCGCUUUGUAUACAAUGUGCCGGCUAUUGCAAGAUGUAAAUUUUCAACGUGACGUACGUCUACUUCGAGGUGCAGUGUUUUAUGUAAACAUGGGCCUGUGGGGUACACAUAGAAUACCAAAGUUAGAAUGUACACCGGCGUCUGUCUUGCCCUCAUUCUAUCAAGCUCUACAGUGCAAUCAUCCGAUCGUUAUGUACGAGGUCACUCUGUCGAUACAAAGAUUGGUGAAUAAGUAUGGUAAUGACUUGUGGGAUCCUACAUGGAGUAUUAUUCUCGAUAUUGUGGAGAAAGUGAUUGCUCAUACUGAAACCAGCAAUCAGCCGGCGACCAAACAAGUCUCUACGAGUUUACACGAAACAAUUACGAAUAUCGAGAAUUUACUUGACGCAAACAGUUAUAAUGGUUGUAUUCAACGUUUCUACGAUCUUAUCGAACGUUGUAGCGAUACUCGACCUGAGGGAUCCGUGUUAAAAUUAAUCGAAUACAGGACUUGUACGAUAGGUCCUACGUAUUGGCAGGUCAAGUUGGGAUCUUUGAUGGAACGUUACUAUAAAAUUGAAACGCGUACAACCAUCAGAAUGAAGGUUCUCGAUGUCCUGGUGAACGUCAUUCAAGUUAACCGGUCCAGGUACGAGGAUGAACUCAUCGAGCGAAUAGUUGUACCGUACACUCAACACGUGGAUAUGGAUCCUGAUAUUACAAUACGCAACGCCACGGCGAAUUUAUUAGUGGACCUUUGCUUGGAAUGUGACACGAAGUUGUGUUUGGAACUGUUGAACAUACUGGAAAAGAUAAUCAAUAAGCCUUUUACAUCGGCGGAUACUCCAGUCUCUACGGAUACUGAUAUAAAGGAUGUAAAAACUGCGGUUGUUGGAAUUAUAAAGAUAUUUACUUCAAAAAUUUAUCGUUUGCCGUCGAGUCAUGCGAUCAGUGCUUAUAAGAUUUUAGUGAACCAUCUUGAGCAGCAUUACAAAGACCCUUCCGUUUUCUACGAUGUAUCGACGACACGUUACUUGAUCUUUGAAAGCUUCUUAAAAAUCAGAGCGAACUCUCUAUAUCAUCUUGGUGUGCUCGACGGUGCACCGUCGUCGAAUGGCACCGUAACACGAUUCAGUCCGUAUCUUGUUUUGGAGCAUUCUACAACUGAGCGUGUGAAUAAUGCUACGAGUGGAGGAGGGGGUAAUAGUCCUCCACCGGCCAGCCCGGCACCGUUGCAACAUUUAUCUUGUCAUGUCACUUCCAUGUCUUUGACUCAUGCAUGUAAAGCUGUGAUUUCGUGCAUUAAGCAAGAGAAGGAUUGGAAAGUUUUAUAUCUUAUAUUGAAGGAGUUGCCUCAAGUGAUGCAGAAUAGGGCGCUAAUGUUAUCUCGUCAUAGUAACGACAUCGACAUCUUUGCGGCAGCUUUAUGUUCCAUGGUGAGCGACAAUCGUUUGCGUCUACCCGAGUCGCUUUAUAACGUGCCACCAAAGUUUACGCUUUCCGAAUUUCGGGUCUACGUGUUUCCGGUACUAGCGUCUCUGGCGUCGUAUCAUGCACAUUUGGAACCUAAUUUGCAACAACGUUUAAUCAAAUGUCUAGAGGUUGGUCUAACGGCGAAGUGCGCGAGCCAAUGUGUAACCAGUCUCACAAUUUGCACAUUAGAAAUGCGCGAUGCGAUGAAUAAACUUUUAACUGAGGUGCUCUUAAAUUUAUCCAAGAUUUCUGCAACUGUUUACAUUGCCAUACCUAUUUUAGAGUUUUUAUCGACUCUAACCAGGCUUCCAAAAGUCUUUGCCAGCUUCAUCGGGGAUCAAUACAUGUCUGUAUUCGCGAUACUAUUACCAUAUACCAAUCCUUUCAAAUAUAAUCAUUAUACAGUGUCUUUGGCUCAUCAUGUAAUAGCAGUGUGGUUUUUGAAAUGCAGACUUCCAUUUCGGAGAGAUUUUGUUAAAUUUAUCACUACGGGAUUGAAGGCAAAUGUGAUAGUUCCUUUUGAAGAAGGACACCUUAUGAAAUCCGACUUUAGUGUUAUUAAUGAAGAUUCCUCGAAUAGAAAACGUAGUUCCAGCUUAACUGAACAAGGUAGCAGAGGACGAAGAGAAAGACCGAUAAUGGCCAAUCGAAUGAUAGGAGAAAGUAGAGCUUUAGAUUUAAAACCUCCAAUUGAUGAAGCUUUGAUGAACUUUCAUAUUGAACUUACCGAAACUUGCAUCGAUUUGAUGGCUCGUUAUACAUUUUCCAAUUUUUCCGCGCGACCUAAGAGAUUACCAGCUGCCGAUUUCCUUCUUAAGGAAGGUCAGUCGAUGACUUGGAUUCUUGGCAAUAGACUUAUCACUGUAACCACUAGUGGUUGUAGUAACAAAGCUAUGCGCGGCGGACUUUGUGAUAAUUGUUGGGCAGCGUGUAAACCUGGAUUCCUAUUACUGGAUCAGACAAAAACCUCGCAGUCUUGCAACUUGCAACGUACUUCGAGUCUUGAGGCAUCGAAAGAAGAUAAGUUAUCGAGACAAUCCUCUGGUGGACAUGGAAGUUCAAACGCAAAUACUGCUGCAAAUUCUCCCACGGAAGAAUCUACUAAGAAAGAAGCGGAUUCGGAUAGCGCAAAGAAGGAUUUUCUUACUCAGGAGAAAACUCAGGACAAGGAUCAGGUUGAACAGUCCAAAUUAGGACAGAUAUUGAAUAGCGAUAAACAAGAUGGACACGUGCUUUGUGCCUGCUGGUGUCAAGGAUGGGCGGAGAUAUACGUGCGUAGACCCACAGGCGAUAUGUCGUGGAUUAUGAGAAUUCAAAAUUCUACGCAGUUUGAAACUCCUAUGGACUUUCCUGUGCAUGAUAUUAUGGCUCUGUACAUGCCAAAUCAAGAUAUAGUAUCAUCGAAUAAGCAACAGGAAACAGAAUUCUCCGGUGAUGAAGCAGAGGAUGUACCAAACAAAAGUAAUAACCAGUCACUUAUCAGCGAGCAUAGUGCGAGCAAAUCAGCGAUAUCGUCGUCAGGUCCUAUCGCGAUACCUGGUUCGCCAGUACGACCUAGCCCAUCUCGGCAAAGUUCGAGGGAUAGCCUGGAAAGCUUAGAGGAAGGUGAAGAAGAUACACGACGCUCGAGAAAUCCGGUCCGCCGAUCAAAUUCCAGUCCAGAAAUGAGCGCUAAUUGGAAGAAUCCAUUUUUAAACAAAGAAAAGAUAAGUGUGCAGCAACAAGUCGAUAAAGAUCUUGCCACUUCAGAUCAGGACGUCAAAUUAGAUGCAGAAUUGAAGAAGCAUUCAAAGAACAUUUAUGCAAAAGAUAUGAGAGUUAGCUGCGAAGCUAUACCGGAAGAAAUAUUUGGCAUGGGAACAACUCCACCUUCCUCGGAAAAUACGGGAGAUCAUCCUAUUGCAUUACGUUCGCAACGUUCUUAUCCAGGAGCGACGCAAAUAACUCAAACCGUUUCGUCAGUUACUAACAGCAGCAGCAGCAGCAGCAGCAGCAGUAGCAGCAGUACCGUACCACCAUCUCCGACAACUGUGCAGGCGCCGGGAAAUUAUUUAGGAACACAAACGCGUUCUACGCAGAUACAAACUACGUCUACUGUCAUAAAAGCGCCGCAGUCGCCUACUCUUAUUUAUUCUCGAUUAUCUAGUCUCGAUUACAGUCAGAAACAAGUACCACUGACUGUUGAGAGUAAACCACCUAUCGGACGAAAUCAUUUCGCGGACAAGAAAGACGAGAGGCCCGAUCCGUCGACGUUACCCCCUUUACCUAUAUCUUUUCGCGAUAGGGGCCAUACGAUAUCCGUCAUGAGUCCGGUGAAGAAAUCAAGAGGAGAGUGGGAUAAUAUGCGACGGGGAAAUUCUCCUCGAGUGAAAGAUCCGCCGCGUACAGGCAUUAAUCCGAGUUUUGUAUUCCUUCAACUUUAUCACGCAGCGCAUUUCGGUACUACCACGGAGAAACCUUUGCUGGUUCCGCAGACAACAGCCAUACAACGCGUAGUGACGAAUCUAGAUAGGAUUCAACCGUAUGAAACUCACAAAAUAGGAGUACUCUAUGUUGGACCUGGACAAGCUUCGAAUGAAAUUGAAAUUUUGGCAAACCAGCAUGGUUCUCUCCGUUACACUGAAUUCUUGAAACGUUUAGGCACGCUGGUCCGACUGAAAGAUGUCGAUGAGAACGUAUUUCUUGGCGGAUUAGAUCGUAAUGGUGAGAACGGAGAUUUCGCUUAUAUUUGGCAAGAUGAUGUUACGCAGGUUGCCUUCCACGUUGCAACAUUAAUGCCCACAAAAGUGAGCGAUCCAAAAUGUACGUCCAAAAAGACACACAUUGGUAAUAAUUAUGUAACGCUUGUGUACAAUGAAUCGGAUGAACCGUAUAAUAUACAGACAGUUAAGGGUCAAUUCAAUUAUGCUUGUGUCGUGAUACAACCGUUAGAUCAUGGUACUAAUCAAGUUACAGUACAAGCGCGAGAAGAAUUAGCUGAACAUAUUGGUCAUAGCGAACCUAAAAUAAUCUCUGAUCAGAAUCUAGCCAUUCUUUCACGGCAACUUGCUCUGCACGCUAAUCUCGCCUCGAUGGUUUGUUCAUCUUUGAAGCAAAAUAGUCACAAUCCAUAUGCAUCUAAUUGGUUGGAGCGUUUGCGACACAUCAAGCGGCUAAGAAGCAGAGUAUUGCAAGAAACUGUGAGCAAUAAUCCAGAUACUACUACGGACGAGUUAUCGCCGAGAACUAACAAACGAGUUUAUAUGGACGACUUUACGGAAUACACAACAUAAUUUUAUCAUUUCGUCACAAGAGAUGACAUAUUGCCGUAUGCAGUGCGAGUGCCGAAUUAAAACGAUCGUAUUGGACUGUAGUUGACUGACAUUCACUUGAUACACAACUUACUUCUCCAGAAAUUUAUGACUUUUAACAUUUAAAACAAGUACAGAGAAAGACAGAGAGAGGAUGUGUACGGAUAAAAAUAUAUAUGAAAAUACUA